AUGAUCCCGGAAAUAACAGCUCGUCGAUCCGGCUGUAAUCUGAGAGAAAAACGAGCAAAAAUGGAGGUGUGGACAGGCGGGAAAGCGGGUAGAGGGAAAAUCAUCGAUUUGUCCGCUAACACAGUCGAAUUGCAUGCAUCAACAUCAAGAAAUUGUCUGAACGAGGAGCGGAGUUGUUCACCGCGCAGCUCCUCCAGUGUUGCUUGUCCGGACUCUAGAGAAAUACAGCUAGCCGCUCGUGUCUUCAGCAUGCCGUUGGGUGGUUUCCGAAAGAAAGAGGCGAUCGAUUUGCUGAAGGAUAUGAUUUACACACAAGAAAUUAUCAUGAACGAUGACCUGAAUCGACCCGUCGAGGUGGACUUCUCUUUUUCAAUGGAUGUGUCACUGGCUCAAAUUCUGCAGAAUCCAUUAGUUGCCUGUCCUCGAGUGCCGAUAGCGAUGCGGCCUGAGUUGAAACCUUUGAUCCCUGAAGCUAGCUGGCUACAAAUGGUCGGCCGAAUUUUCUGUCGAUCCGUCGUUCUUUUUGCCGAUUGGUGUCGAUCCGUGCCUGAAUUCAGAGAUCUAGACGCUGUGGAUCAAAUAAACUUCUUCGCUCGUCAAGUUCUCCGUCAAAUUCUCUUCAAUAAUUUCUAUUACACGCACAACCACGCUCACUCGUACUAUUUCUACACUCAUUUCGGGAUGACGAUUGUUAUUCCAUGUAUGGGCCUUACGGAGAAGAGCGCUGAAGUCGCUAGAAAAGCCUUCAACAAAUAUUGUCAUACUUUGCUAGAGCACUUGAAAAUGCGGUAUCGUCGCGAAUCAGUAGCCAUUGAGAAGUUCACUGAAUUGAUGGAAUUACCAAAAUAUAUGCAGAAUAUUGCUCUGAAGAUGGGAUCUCAACUUGGAAAAUCUGUUCUCCAUAAAGGAAAUGGAAUGGGUGGACGCUUGCCGGAGGAGAUAUUUUCAAGACUU